AUGGGCGCGGACGUCGACGCGAGAGACCGCUCCGGGGCGACGCCUCUGUUCCUCGCCGCGGAGGGUGGACGCGUGGACGCCCUCCGCGCGCUGUUGGACGGCGGCGCGGAGAUCGCCGCGCGAAACAACCUCGGCGAGAACGCGAAUUACAUCGCGGCGUUGAAAGGGUGCCGACUCACGUCCAAGAUGCUCAUCUCCGAAUGCGAAGCCGCGGGCGCGCGCUGGCAGGACGCGGCGUGGUACGGCGACGGGUGGACGCCGCUGCACGCGGCGGCGUGCGCGAACCGCGUCGACGUCGCGAACGACGUGUUGGCGGCGGCGGCGAGCGCGAAGGACGGCAACGUCGUCGUCGCCGCGGCGAAUCGAUACGGCGCGACGUCGCUGCACAUCGCGUCGCUGUUGGGGUCCGCGCCGCUGACGGACGCGCUGUUGCGAUCGGGCGCGCCCGCGAGCGCGCGAGACGGUAACGGGAUGCGGCCGAUCGACGUCGCGAUGCGGGAGGGGCACGUCGCGGUGUGCGAGCUGUUGCGCGCCGCGACGAAGGAGGGUGGCGGCGGCGGCGGCGGCGGCGGCGGCGACGCGGACGGACCCGGGGGGGCGCCGCGGGAAGAGGCGAGCGCGCCGCCGCGGCGACGCCGCCGCCGCGGGCGCGCGUCGUGA